AUGAAGUUUGGGGGGAAGGGGAUGAUCCAGCUGAUGCUACUGCUAUACAAUUGGGUGUGGAAAAACGAGUAUACGCCAAGUGGAUGGAGGGAAGGAGUGGUUGUAAACUUGUUGAAGAAAGGAGACAAGACUGACCCAGGAAACUACAGGGGGAUCACACUGUUGAACACAGUAGGACAAGUGUUCUGGAAGCUGCUGGACGAUAGGAUAGUGGGAGUAUUGGAGAAGGAACAUGGCAUUAGUGAGGGCCAGGCAGGUUUCCGAAAGAAGGGGUGCGUAGACCACGCAUUCACGGUAGGGAGAAUCAUCCAAGGUAG